CUGUCAAACGAAGUGUCAAACAAAUUUUCAAAACAAAACAUUGAUUCACUGAAAAUCUUCCGGAAAAUAAGAAAAAACUCGUGAAAAUUAGUUUUUAUGUCAGAAAAUCGUUAAAUUACCGCAAGUUCUUUCACUAAAAUGGCCAAUUCCGGAGCUCGAGCCACACAAAAUCUCUUCGACGAGUUCGAGGAAGCGUUCCAAAAUUGCAUCCACUCAUUAUCGAAGGAAGAAACGACGACGGGCGAAGAUCUUUCCGAAAUUAAGCAAGAAGUUGACCAUGCAACGCUUCGUUUUGUCGAUCUCGGGCGUCAAAUGGAGUAUUUCUUCCUGCAAAAACGCUUCAUCACCGCACACACGCGUCCCGAUCUCGUUCUCAAGGAGGAAAUUCAAGACUUGAAACAAGAAAUUGCCCGCAAAGACGAGCUAAUUAAGCGACAUUUUGAGAAAAUUGAUCAAUGGAAGGGUUUGUUGAACGAUCAACCGACGCCCACACAAUUUCCCAAAAUGAUGCCGAACGAAGGGCGUCCCAUGGGAGGUUUGCCGAUGCAACCGCCAGCACCGCAUAUGCAAAUGUCCGCUGCUUCGUCGCCUCAAAUGCAUCCGGGAGGGCCUGGAGUUCCGCCAAAUGCGCCGCACGGCAUGAUGCAAAUGCCUCCGCAGCCGAAUCCGCAACAACAAAUGUACAUGCAGCAAGCGGGAAUGAGACCGAAUUUUCCGCAGGGACCGUUAGCGUAUCUCGAAAAGACCACAAAUAAUAUAGAUAUGGUUGGGCUUGGGGAUGUGAGGAGAUGACGCGGAAGAGGAAGGGGACGACCAGGACGCGGAGCUCGAGGUCAACGAGGAAAUGCGACGCCCCGCAGACGUUCAAGCACUCCUCCGCCUGGCUCGCCAAUGUUAUUUUGAAUGAAUCGCAGUUUGGAAGUUUACACAUACGAAUAAAAUAUUUAAUCAAUCAA